AGAAGACCCUGGAAGACCAUGUCAGGCCUGACAUAUUUAGAUACACGUUGUUUUAAUUUUACGGUCGAGCAGACGCCAAUAUGUUUCUACAGAAGUGACCCUUUGAGGAUGUGAGUGUUAUUUGUCAGCGGUUUCGGCCGUAACAAGAACCAUUCCGAGUCGCAGAAUUCCAACCACGACAUGGCAGUCAGUCAGUACUCGUAUUCGUGUGAGCAUCGAGCAAGCUUCUUGGAUCAAUAUAAUUUUAUUGUCUCUGAUUAACCAAACUGACCGAUAUUGGCAAAAAUGUCACAAAGUGCAAGAAUACAAUUCUGUCACAUUUGUGAAAAGCCAUUCACUACAGUCCAUGCAAUAGAAAACGCAUACACUCGACACACUACUUAUUGUCGAAAAGCCCAAGGUCGUCACAAACGUCGCUCUCAGGCCUGCGCUGCAUGUCGUUCUGCCAAAGCCAAAUGUAGUUUUGAAGAACAAUGCCAGCGAUGUAAAAAGCACGGGCUGUCUUGCAUUUACGGCAGCAAAAAGAUUGCUCCUAUAGCAAAUUCAAGGCCAGCCGAAAUACCGGGUACGACUGCAGCGGAACAAGAAGAUGUGGCUACCGAGUUUGAAAGUGCGGAACCGAUCAUCGAUGAUUUACAAAAAGAAACAAGAAACUCUUGUACCACUGCGCAUCCUCCAGCAGCGACCCUGGGCGACGACGAUGAUGCCUUCCGAGACUCGGUGUUCAAUGACGAGGUAUCAGACUUGCUGGGUAUCGAUGGUACUCUGAUAGGUAGCACUCUCGUAUCAUCUCUCGACGACGACGACGACGCCCACAUCAUGUCGAGCCAACAACUUUCUCAGCAGCAGCAGCUGUCUUUGGAGCCAAGCGCCACUUCCUCCUCCUCGCAACAACGACUCAUGCACGAGAUCCAAGGGAGGAACACGUACGACGAUCGGUUGUGGUCCAAGUUUUUCUUCCCUUCGGACCCUUAUGCUUCGUGGUCUGUCUAUGGCGACGCGGAAAAAUGGGUGAUGCAACCCAUCUACAUGCCCAGUUCCGUGUCACAGACCCACGCGUCGAGGGUGGUGCGGAUGCUUCGCUCGUUCCCUCGCAUGAUGUUGCGACGAGAGACAUUCCCUCCCUUCAUCCAUACACACCAGGGUCACGACCUUCCCGAGCCGAUUGCAAACUGCAUGUCAAUCGCUCAGAUUUUUUGUUCGAGAAAUACCGUCAACGGUGCGUUCGUGUGGCGGACGAUACGAGCGGAACAGGAUCGUCUGGUACGGGAGAUGCAUAGAUUCUCGGCUAAAGACCUCCUUGCCGCACUUCAAGCUUACUUUGUUUACAUGAUCAUGCGGGCCGAGGAUGAUACCGGGUAUACAUCUCGGGAUGUAGAAAUGAUUUCGUCAAUGAAGGCUCUUUGCGCUGUAUAUCUCGACCAUUGUGGCAUUGAAGACUUGGUUCCAGAAUCUCGAAAUGACCGUACUACAACAUGGAGUCUCUGGGCUUUCAAGGAGGGUCGACGACGAUCUCUAUUGAUUUACUACCUCAUCAAUCGUGUUUUCAACAUCUUCAUUGGUCAUGAUUGUCCUCUAACGAAUAAUUUCAUGGCACUGCCACUGCCCUCGCCAAGACAUGCCUGGGAAGCCCGGUCGGACUCGGUUUGGAGCGCGGCCUAUGCAGACUCGUUCGAGACAGACAGACUAAUGACGUUUGGUGACUUGGUAAAGGAGACACGUUUCUCCACGAAAAGAUUGGACGAGUGGCAUUGCAGUAUCGACUACCUUGGAUUGAUUUUGGAAUCUGCCGCCGAUCUUGUGGUGUAAGAUUUUGAUCUUUUUGUCUAUCAAAUCGAGGUUGACUAAAUCCGACUGCUCUAUGUUUUUAUCGAUCUGAACAUACCGGGGUUCUUGGAACUCUAGCGAUUUUCAAUCCAGAUUCCCAACUUCUCGCCUACUCUUCAAGCCAUCCGAACCCGAAACACUUACCAAGGUAUAGGACCAUUCAUGUCCGAGAAAGUCGCAGUUUCACCCCCCUUGGGAAGCGUGGCGAGUUCCACGAUCCUCUUCGCACCGACUUCCGGAGUGUGUCCGUUUUCCUGGUUGUACGAGGUCAAGUUUGUCUGCACGACUCCCGGACAGACACAAUUGACCAAUCCACCAACGUCACUCAACAUGCGGGCGUAAUUCAAGGCCAGCAUGUUGAAGGCGGCUUUACUCGAGUCGUAUGCCUUGAAGUCCAUGGAAUAAAACAUGGCGUCCUUGUCGGUGGCAACUUUGAGGGAACCCAUGGUCGAAGAGACGAACACGAUCCGUGGGUGUGAUGAUGAUUUCCUUAAAAGAGGGAGACAGGCUUCGGUGAGACAGGCGGUGCCGAUGACGUUGGUGUUGAAGGUACGAGUGAAUAGUUCCCGGGUGCUGAGGUGGGAGGCGUGGUCGACGUCCAUAAGUACACCGCCGUUGUUGAUCAGGACGUCCAGCCGACCGUAAGUGUCGGAGAUGUACUUGACUGUUGUGGCGAUUGUGUCGUCGGAUGUCAAGUCGAGUUGGACGCGACUCGCUGAACCACCUUCAGACGAAAUGGUCUUUGCGGCGGCUUCUCCUGCGGCGACAUUACGAGAACCGAUCACGACGUGGUAUUUGUGUUUGACCGCGAGGAUCUUUGCGGCCGCCAGACCAAUACCUUGGUUCGCACCAGAGAUGAGCACGACGGGAGUUUCAGGGGUGAUGGCCAUGACGGUUGAAUUUUGGACUUUUCCGACGGUGUUGGAAAUGAUGAGUUUGAUUUAAUAGGGCAGGUUGGAUAUUUAAGUGCUGAAGUGAUGAACCAGUUGGCCACACGAGGGAGGUCUUAUACUCAUUUUACCUUCAUGGUGAGCCUUGAGACCUACAAUACUUUGCCUUGUUACUUCAUUUAUCCUGGCCACUUUGGCCGGUGAUCUAUGUAAGCAAACAACGAGAGUAUCCAGUAACCUCACCAGGAGUGACGUGCCAUGCUUAGAAUCUACCAUCUCCACAGAGAGCAAUCAUGACUCCUCCGUACGAGUACUAGAGGUCAUAAGAGGGAGUCCUACAAUGUUUGUGGACUUGGAAGGGGGAAAUUCAGUUCUGCAAGGUGCCCGGUGGAUCCCCCUUCCCGGCCACUUUCGCCGGUCAUCAAUAAUGUGAUGGAGUGCCUCGUUUUUUUAUUUUCCAGAAACCAACUCCGGCCGUAAGAAUCGGACGAGUCUUACCUUGGUUGAUAUCUACUGUACCGUACGUAUGAUGAGUAGAGUCGUCCCAUCGAGAUACGUACAAAGACAACAAC